UGCAAGCUUUGAAGAACACUUGAGGAGACACCAUGCCUCACUUUGCAAACCCUCUUUUAAGAAACAUCAUUACCAGAAAUCCAUUUGAUAACAUCAAGAGGAAGCAAUGCCUCCAAUAUUUGAAAACCCUGAAAACCCUGCAAUAUGAUGGAUUUAAGACCAUAUAUUUUGGAGAAACCAAUAUUGCUGAAAGUCUUGUAACUGGAGAAGAUUUUAGUCAUCGGUAUUUCAUGCAAACUCCAACUUGGUGUAUUGUGCAUGCCGGUGGUAGUCAAGGAUGGGUGCCUUGGAAAUAUCGGAUGUUCCUUAGGGAUGAGUUAUGCAUCAAACAGGAAGAAACCCUCUUCUUUGAGUUCUGUGAUGUGGCAAGGAAGGCCUAUGGGAAGUGCGCCAUUGUGGUCAAAGAGAGAAGGCAGCAAGGCAAGAUGAAGCCCGAGGAAGAGCCAGAGCCUGAGGCCCAGAUCCAUGCCCCAUCAGUCAUUAACUUAACGAGCCUCGUGUGUUGCCCUGAGGUAGCCAAGUCCUAUGGCCAUAAACUAAUCUCUCUGCCUUCGCUUUACAAUUACCUAAACCCUUUAGACUCAGCCUGGUCUUCUCUGAAAUGGUUUAUCAUCAAUAACAGAAAGGAGUUUUCUUUGCAGUACAUUGACAGCGUUUAUUCUUACCAGUAUAUACUUCUCAUCGAUUUAAUUAGCAAAGGGAUUAAAAGGAUAAACCCAAGCAAAUGGAAAAUACUAACCAACAAAGUGCAGAGAUGGGAAAACUACUAUCUUGGUAAAUUUCCUUAAGGGUGAUUCCUCUAACAAGCAGUUGGGACCAUGCUACGGGCAGAGUCUUUACCAUCUUUACUAACUCUGCUAGGCUCGACUCUGGACCACCACAGCCAAAAAUACUCCACCAGCGACCUCACGGGGAUGCUGUGAGGUCUGAGAUUUCUAAGGGUGUUGGCAAAGUGCUUUAGGUUUACUGGAGAUUCCAUUAAAGCUUGUUGGUAAAUUAGG